AUGUUCAGUUAUACUUUGAAAAAUAAUCAGGGUGUUUCGGGUAUAUCUGAAAUCACGGGUGAUUUUGAAGUGGAUUUUAUGUACAGUGAAAUUUGGGUUGAUGAACGACUCAAAUUUCGUGAUCGUCUUUUUAACAAUUCAACAGUAUGUUUUACAAAUAUUACUCUAAAACAUGAUUUUCGAGCAAAAAUUUGGACACCAGACACCAGUAUUAUCAACAGCAAAGAUUCCAAAGUGCACAGUUCACCAACUGAAAAUGCCUACAUUAUACUUUAUGAAGAUGGACGACUAUGGAGCAAUUUCAGACUAAAAGUUAAAGCACCGUGUAAAAUGGACUUGAAAAUGUUUCCAUUCGACUCGAUUCAGUGCCAAUUAGUGAUCGAAAGCUAUUCAUUUAACAUCGAUGAAGUUCGACUUCAAUGGGACGAAAUUCCAGUGACGUUGAUGGAGAAGGUUGAACUGCCCGACUUCGAUCUAACAGGUUCUAGCACAAUGCUCCAACGACUUCAAUAUCCAAAUGGCAUCUGGGACAGAGCUCAGGUUAAUUUCACCUUUGCUCGUCGUUACGGCUUCUACCUCUUUCAGUCGUAUUUCCCAACAUCACUUACAGUUAUCAGUUCCUGGGUCGGGUUUUUUUUCGAUGUUCGUUCUGUUUCUGCAAGGAUAACGUUGGGAGUUUCUUCGCUUUUGGCACUAACAUUUCAGUUUGGAAAUGUACUAAGGCACCUUCCUCGUGUCAGCUACAUUAAGUGUCUGGAUGUAUGGAUGAUAUUUUCAGUUAUCUUCAUUUUUUGUACACUUGUCGAACUCGCUCUUGUAUGCCAGUUGAACAGGUGGGAACGAGAAAAACAGUUGGGCAAUAAGGUGAUUACACAAUGGCUGGGACAUGUAAAGUAA